CAAACGUGAAGUCGAUAAAGCGGAACUGUAAACAAAACGAAGUCUAUUCCGCUGCCUUAUACCAACACUGAACAGCCAUUGUUUGUUGUCAUUACAUGUACUGUGCUCAGCUUCUAGAAGUCUAGUACUAAGGAGAGGAACCCAAGUAACAGGAUGUCACUGCUUCGGUACGCCAACAACCCCAGCAGGUACAAACCAGUGGCAACCACAUCCACACAAUUGAUCAGAAGGUUUCUACACCUAGAAAAUGGACCAGUCUGGACUGCUGCAAAGCCAGAGACUCAAGAUAGACAAGAAAAAGUGAAAGCGUUUGAUGAAAUGCCAACGAGAAAUUCAAAUGUGUUACAAAGUGUUUACGAUGUAUUUUUUUACAUGAGGCGAAAGGGAUACUUCUCCAGGCCAGAUCUACUUGUUCAAGAGAAUGUUGAUAAAUACGGUCCAGUUAUGCGGAACUUGCUGGGAAAUGAAUUUGUAGUACAAAUUGUGGAUCCUAAGUUUGUUGAAAAAGUGUUCCGUGCUGAAGGAAAGUAUCCAGAACGUAUGGAAAUAAAACCCUGGAAAGAUUAUAGACUGACAAGGAAUAUUCCUUUAGGGUGAUUGAACAUCGAGUUGAUGAGUUGAUGUCAGCAAAAGAAAAGGGCCUUGAGGUCAAAGAAGAUACUUUCUUGGGAGCUUUAAUCUCCAACAGCGAUCUCACUCGUGAUGAAAUUUUUGGCAACUUGUCUGAGCUGAUGGGAGCAGCAAUUGAUACGACUUCAUACACUCUCAUAUGGACGCUGUACUUUCUAGCAUGCAAUCCUGAAGCUCAAAAAAAACUCCGCAAAGAAAUCUGUGAUGCCAUACCGGUCGAUAAACCAAUCACUCAAGAUGACUUAGCCAAAUUGGUAUAUAUGAGGAUGGUAAUUAAAGAAUCGAUGAGGAUGAAACCAGUUAUAAGUGGAAUAACAAGAAAACUUGACAGUGACAUAGAACUUGGCGGGUAUAAUGUUCCAGCAAAGACCCCAAUUGUAGUGCAGUUUUACCCUAUAUCUCAAGAUCCGAACUUCUUUGAAGAGCCUUUGGCGUUUCGACCAGAGCGUUGGGAUCGGACAAAGAAAAACAGCAGCAAAGGUGUCAACGCAUUUGCCUCAAUACCAUUUGGCUUUGGCACCAGAAUGUGUGUUGGUCGUAGAUUUGCAGAGCAAGAGAUGCAUAUACUACUAUCUGAGAUCAUACGCCAGUUCGAAAUAAUACCGACUAAGGAGGUUGGUUUAGCUGUGAAACUUCUCGUCAUUCCAGAUGAGCCGGUUGAUCUGAAAUUCAUCGAAAGAAGCUAAGGACAUAUUUUAGUAGAUAAAAUAAACAAAUACAUUAUAACAUUUUUUAUACUCUCUACCAAAGCAUGUAAAUUUUUUAAAUUUGAAUAUACAUACCUUUUCUAUAUGAUUAAACGGUCAAUUAUAUUGCAAUACAGCCAAAGGUGAUGACGAUACAAUCUAAUAUCACACUUUUUAGAUACCAAUGUAAUGUAAAAUCGUAGAUAUAAAUUAGAAAAUAUAUUUCUAUGAUGACUUAAGGGUCGAUUAAAUUGCGAUACAGAUGUUUUA